AGGGAGUGAGGAUAAAGGGAAUGUAGAGUUGAGGGUUUGUUUUUUCUUUGUUUCCCCAGUGUGGAAAGGAAUGGAAGACGUUCAGUGCACCUGCACGUGACCCCAAAAUUUAGUCGGGAAGCUGGGUGUUUCACCUCCAGUGAAAGCAAGUGGGAGUGAUAGGAAAGGCUUGGAAAAAGAUCGAGCAGGGGAAGAGAGAGAUGUCGGCAUCUUCUCUCCCUCCUGCAUAAGACCCUUCCAGUAUGUAAUCGCUGACCUGGAGAAAUAAUGCUCGAGUACAGAGUACGGGGCAGAGUUCCAGGUGUCACUGUGCACCCAACCCCCACGAGCUUUGUGAUUCAUCGCAAAUGGCCGAUCCGGAAGGAUGAGUAAACUCCGCAAGUACAGUCGUGUCACAGGACAUAAGUGACCAUGGUGCUCAAUAGUUUGGAUAAGAUGAUUCAACUCCAGAAAAACACGGCUAACAUCAGGAAUAUCUGUGUCUUGGCUCAUGUUGACCAUGGAAAAACUACUCUGGCUGACUGUCUUAUAUCUAGCAAUGGCAUCAUCUCCAGUCGCCUGGCAGGCAAGUUAAGGUACAUGGACAGCAGAGAGGAUGAACAUGUCCGAGGGAUCACGAUGAAAUCCAGUGCCAUUUCACUACAUUAUGCAAAAGGUGAGGAGGAGUACCUGAUUAAUCUGAUAGACUCUCCAGGACAUGUGGAUUUCUCCUCAGAAGUAUCGACGGCUGUUUGCAUUUGUGAUGGGUGCAUUAUUGUGGAUGCUGUGGAAGGGGUCUGUCCGCAGGUAGUGGAUUGUAACAUGGAAAUAUUUAACUGCUUAAAGAAGGUGUGGGGAGAGAGGAGGAACUGACUGCCGAUGACUCUGCCACUUGGGACAUUUCACUGACCAUCAGAAAGCUGGUUUUACA